CCAGAGAGGCUCGCUGGCUGCUGAGGCGGCGACUCCCCCGGCCGCUGUCUCCUGUCACCCGGCCACGAGCCUUCACGUCUCACGCGCGGUUCCAAGCCCCCGGUGUUGCCCCCACGGACAGCCGGUUGGAGAUGGGAGGCAACGGCAGCGCGGCGAGGAACGUGUCGUUCGGACAGGACGAGAAGGAGAAGGUCACCGUGGUCGAAGGAGUGAAGCUCUCAGAGGAGGUGCUCCGGCGGAUGAGGGAGUCUCAGGGGUCCGACAGCUCCAGGCCACCACCAAGACCCUCCGUUACAGAAGUCCAGGAAGAAAUCCGCAAAAACUUUGAGCGUCAACAGGCUCUGGUGCAGGAGCAGCUGGACAGACUGGCCCAGAAGGAGAGGGAGAUGGGGAUGGGAGCACCCGUGGGCCCGGAUCAGCUGACCCCUGCCCUCCUCAUGGAGAGAGGAAAAGCCCACGAAGAGCAAGAACGGGCAAAGAUACUGACCAAACAGCUGAGGAGGAAAGAGAAGGAGCUGGCCGGCAUAUCCAGCUUCUAUAAAGAGCAACUGGGAAUACUGGAGAAAAAGAACCGUGACCACUACCAGCAGACGGCCGAGCGGUACCACGAGGCAGCGACUCAAGCCGAGGCCCACAUCCGACCUCGCCGGACGGCGUCCGUGUGCCCCGAGCUGCAGGCCGAGGUGCUGGAGUGCUACAGAGAGAACCCGCAGCAGACCCUGCGCUGCUCCGGCCUGGCCAGACGGUACAUGACCUGCGUCCAGCAAACCAAGCAGGUACGCGAGGGCGACGCCCCGUCAGAGCACACUGACGAAUCACGGCUGAGAAUCCCAAAGAAAAGCCUGAAGAGUAGAAGUCCAGAAGGAGAGCGCGCCCCUCUGUCCUCCUCCGAUCCACCCGUCCAUUCAUUUAUUCUCCCUCCUCGUCCUUCUUGCUUCUCGAGUGUGUGAUCUUGACUUGUUGCUCCUCGCCGUCUGAUGUGUUGAUUCAUCGCCGUGUGGCGGCGGCACGCUGAAAUAAACCCCAGAGGUCCGGUGGCGGUGAGACUUGUGUGUGUGUGUGUGUGUGUGUGUGUGUGUGUGCGCCGCCUCUUGUCACGACGCGCUAAUAAUGCAUCCGCUGCUGAGGACGGGUGACGGCGGGCCGAGAGAGAGAAGGGGAAGGAGAGGGAUGAAUGAAGUGGAGGACACAUGAAUAGUGAAGUGUUUAUGAAUUAAAAAAUGUGCACCUGCA